AUGGACCUUCCACUGAGAAAAGACUUGCGGCCAAAAUCCGGCCAGCCUGAAGAUGCGGCAUGGAUAUGGGGAAGCGACGAUGAACUAGGUAGAUUAAACCUACAAACGCCGGAAAGGGUGAAGAAAGCACUGGAAACCGUCUCUUCUGGCGAGAUCAUCCCUCUUGGUCUUCCAUUCGACCAGGUCGCACCACCUUGCUAUGGACGACAGGUUUUUAAACAUUCUAUUCAUGCUUUGGGAGAUAUCGGAUUUGACGACCUUUAUGACAUGAAUCCUCAAAGUACUUCUCAAUGGGAUGGGUUUCGUCAUUUUUGCCAUAUCCCUUCGGGGUAUUUCUAUAAUGGGACCACCGCCAAGGAUAUUCAAGGUGAAAAUGCCUCGACCAAGUGCGGCAUGCAAGCGUGGGCGAAGCACGGCAUUGCGGGCAGAGGUCUACUUCUCGACUAUGGCCGCUGGGCCGAAGCCAGAAAUAUAAAGCCAGUAUAUUAUGAUAACUUCAAAAUCACUCACAGCGACCUCGUCAACGUGGCAGAGUCGCAAGGAAUUGAUCUGAGACCUGCCGCACAAGGAGGCGACAUUCAGAUUGGCGAUAUCCUAGUCGUCAGAUCUGGGUUUCUGAAGAACGCAAACUCUCUUACAUACGAGGAGAGGGCCCCUUGCCACCUCGGGAAGAAUAUAUUCGGGCGUCAUGAUGAGCAGCGCUAUAUAGGUGUGGAGCAAAGUGAAGAUAUUCUCGACUUAUUGCAUGACUCCUACUUCUCGGCUGUAGCUAGUGACCAUCCUGCGUUUGAAGCCUGGCCAUCUGAGAAAGAUUACUACCUUCACGAGAAGUUGUUGGCACUCUGGGGAGUUCCGAUCGGCGAGCUUUGGGACCUCGAGAAACUUGCGGAGAAGUGUGUCGAGAGGAAACAAUGGACAUUCUUCCUCUCAAGUGCUCCUAACCAUGUGAAAGGGGGGAUAUCAAGUACCGCGAAUGCUGUAGCUAUCGUAUAA